AAAGAUUCACAGACUCAUCGAAGAACUGAAGAAUUAGAAAAUGCGUAAUCCAAAAAAUUUGCGAAUUAAUGUAACAUCACGUAUCGGAGACAUUCAGAUACAAGAUAGAGAACAGACCUCCAAGAAAUUACCACACUUCAAAGAGGAAGAGGAAAUUAAAAAUGACCCACCUAAGAUCGUUGAAGAAAAUGAAAAGUUAUCAUCAGUUUCACUUGUUAAAUUGUUCCAAUAUGCAACAAAAUGGGAAACGUUUCUUAUGAUAGUGGGAACGAUAUGCAGCAUUGGUUCCGGACUAUGUGUACCAUCGAAUAUCUUUAUUUUUGGAGAUCUAGUGGGAUCGAUGGUAAAUGCAGAAAUGAUGAACAAAACUUUGGAAAUUACUACUGCAGAUACUUUAAAUGAAGAAGAAGACAUGUUGAACGCAAUUAUGGAUACAGUGACAAAAUUUGCAAUUGGAAAUUCCAUCAUUGGCAUAAUGAUGCUAAUGUUCACUUACGUCAGUGUUAUGCUCUUUAACUAUACCUCACAACAGCAAACAUUUCGCGUGAGGACAACAUAUUUGAAAUCAAUUUUACAUCAAGAUAUCAGCUGGUAUGAUGUUGUGAAAAGUGGCGACGUAUCCAGUAGAUUAACCGAGGACGUGAUUAAAUUUGAAGAUGGAAUCGGAGAGAAAGUGGUAAUGUUUCUACACAAUAUGUUUGCAUUUUUAGGAUGCGUUGGACUUGCAUUUUAUAAUGGAUGGGAGCUGACUCUUGUUUGUGUUGUAGCAUUUCCGGUAAUGGUUAUUAUUCUCGUCAGUAUAGCGAAGGCAACUGCCAGAAUGACAAGAAAAGAAGUGGAAAUAUACGCAAUUGCAGGAGCAAUAGCAGAGGAAGUGAUAGCGUCCUUUCGAACUGUUAUUGCCUUUGGAGGACAAAAAACAGAACUUGAAAGGUAUACGACAAAUCUUCAGAAGACGUAUAAAACCAACAUAAAGAAGGGAUUAUUAGCUGGUGUUGGUUUUGGAUUAGUUUGGCUAUUUAUUUAUGCUAGUUAUGCCCUCUCCUUUUGGUACGGCGUAACUUUAAUUCUUAAGUACAGAAAUCUUCCCCUAAACGAACAAACCUACACUGCCUCAACAAUGGUAAUAGUAUUCUUCAGCGUUAUGAUGGGCAGCAUUAAUAUGGGAGCUUCCUCACCUUUCAUGGAAGCUUUCGGCAUCUCCAAAGCUGCAGCUGCAAAUGUUUUUUCCAUUAUUGAACGAAAGCCAUUAAUUGAUUCCAUGUCUUCUGAAGGCCUAAAGCCAAUUGAUAUUGAAGGGAUUAUUGAGUUUAAAAACGUUUCCUUUGAAUACCCUUCAAGAAAAGAAGUGAAGGUCCUUAAGAACUUAAGCUUUACGGUAAAUAAAGGACAAACGGUAGCAUUAGUCGGAAGUUCCGGAUGUGGAAAAUCUACUUGUAUUCAACUAAUUCAACGAUUUUACGAUCCAUCUGAGGGAAAGAUUCGAAUUGGAGGUUACGAUUUGAAGGAAUUAAAUCCUAAGUGGUUUCGAAGCCACAUGGGAAUUGUGGGUCAGGAACCUGUUCUUUUUGACACAACGGUAGCAGAAAAUAUUCGAUACGGAAAUUUUGAUGCAACUACGGAGCAAAUUGUCGCCGCAGCAAAAGAGGCAAAUGCUCAUGACUUCAUAAUGAAAUUACCAAACAAAUAUGAUACACUUGUGGGAGAGAGAGGAGCUCAAAUUUCUGGAGGGCAGAAGCAGAGAAUUGCUAUUGCCAGAGCAAUAGUACGUAAUCCUAGUAUUUUACUGCUCGAUGAAGCAACUUCAGCUUUAGACACACGAAGUGAAGCAAAAGUGCAAGCAGCUUUAGAUAGGGCUAAUCGAGGAAGGACUACAAUUAUAGUUGCUCAUAGACUAACUACCAUACGAGGAGCAGAUAAAAUUAUUGUCCUCUCUAAUGGUAAAGCUGUCGAGGAAGGUACCCAUGAUUACUUAAUGUCUUUACAAAGUCAUUACUAUUCCCUAGUCACAGCUCAGGUAUCCGAUUUUUCUGAAUCGAGUAAUGGUGACGUUAACAAAAUCAAUUAUAACGAAGAUGUUGACGAAGAUGAUGAUCCCCUUGAUGUGAAUUCUAAGAAAUUGAACCAAGAUUCAAGUGAUUCGAUUAAGAAGAUUUCGAUUAUGAAGAUUCUGGAGUUAAACAAACAAGAGUGGCCUUAUAUUCUUCCUGCUUGUCUAACUUCGAUAAUUGUUGGAUGCUCAAUGCCAUUGUUUUCCAUUUUAUUCGGAGAUGUCAUUGGGGUACUUUCAGGUCCAGAUGCUGAUGAAGUUAGAAGAAAGACAAACAUCUAUUGUGCAUUAUUUGUAUUAGCUGGAGUAGUUAUUGGUUUAUCAAAUUUCGCUCAGAUUUUUUUGUUCAGCAUAUCAAGUGAGUGUUUGACAAUGAGGUUAAGGGGUUUAACUUUUGAAGCCAUAUUAAAACAAGAAGUUGGCUGGUUCGAUCAAACAGCAAAUGGAACGGGAGCUUUGUGCUCUAAACUUUCAACGGAAGCAGCCUCUGUUCAGGGAGCGUCUGGACAAAGAAUCGGAUUAACUUUUCAAUCAAUUAGCACCAUCAUUCUCUCUAUUAUCCUCUCUAUUUAUUACGAAUGGAGACUCGGAUUAGUAGGAAUGUCAUUCAUUCCAUUUAUACUGGUUGUUACUUAUCUCCAAGGAAAGCUCUAUGCAAAUGAAACAUUCAAUUAUCAUCAGAGUUUGCAAACUUCAACAAAGAUUGCAGUUGAUGCCGUUAGUAAUAUACGAACAGUUGUGGGAUUGGGAAUUGAAGACAAUAUGUAUAAAGCUUAUCUCUAUGCCAUGGAGCCAUCACUUGAUGUGGCCAAAAGAAAUACUCAUUAUAGGGGUUUAGUUUUUGGAUUAGCACGUUCCAUUAUAUACUUUGCUUAUGCUACCUGCAUGUACUAUGGAGGAUAUUUGAUAGAGCAUAGUAAUCUCUACUAUGCAAAUGUAUUCAAGGUAUCUCAGGCUCUUAUAAUGGGAACUGUAAUGGUCGCAAAUGCAUCUGCGUUUGCUCCAAAUGUACAGAAAGGAUUACUCGCUGCUUCAAAUAUAAUUUCGCUUUUAGAACGAGUGCCAAAAGUUCGAGAUUCGCAAAAUGCUGAAGAAAUUCCAGAGAAUUCAGAAGGAAUUGUUGAAUAUGAAGACAUUACAUUUGAGUAUCCAACAAGACCAGGUACUAGAGUUUUAAAUAGCUUGAAUUUAUUGGUAUCUUCAGGAAAAACUCUUGCAUUAAUUGGAAGUAGUGGUUGUGGAAAAAGUACUCUUAUUCAAUUACUUGAAAGAUUUUACGAUCCUUUUUCAGGAGUUGUGAAAUAUGAUGGGAAAGAUAUUUCAUUUCUAAAACAAUCAUCUUUAAGAAUGCAAAUGGGAUUAGUUUCUCAGGAACCAACUCUUUUUGCAAGAACAAUUGCAGAAAAUAUUGCCUAUGGAGAUAAUACACGACAAGUCCCCUUAGCAGAAAUUAUAGUAGCAGCCAAAAAAGCAAACAUUCACAAUUUUGUUUCAUCCUUACCCCUUGGAUACGAAACGAAAUUAGGAGAUAGAGGAACUCAACUUUCUGGUGGUCAAAAGCAAAGGAUUGCAAUUGCCAGAGCACUUAUUAGAAAUCCAAAAGUUUUGCUCCUGGACGAAGCAACAUCUGCAUUGGAUACUGAAAGUGAAAAGAUUGUACAAGCAGCAUUAGAUGAAGCAAAAGAAGGCAGAACGUGUAUAUUAAUUGCUCAUAGACUCUCGACAGUAGAAAACGCUGACAAAAUAUGUGUUAUUAAUAGUGGAAUAGUUGCUGAAUAUGGAACUCAUAAAGAGCUCAUUGAAAAGAAAGGUUUUUAUUACGAUCUUCUGUGUCUACAAAAUAAAAGAAAAUUUUACUUUGCAACAAAGUGCGAAAUAUUUUUAAUGUUUGCAUCAACAUUAUGCGCCUCUAUAACUGGAUUAUUAGUGUCCUGGAAUGUUCUGAUGUUUGGAGAAUUAGUGGGUUCAAUGGUAAAGACAGAAAUGAUGAAGGCUUUCGAUAUGUCAGUGGAAAAUGACUCAGACAUUAUGGACAGCGUCACUACUUAUGCCUAUGGAACAUCAAUUAUUGGAUGUCUUAUGUUUGUUUUGUCAUUCACAAAUAUCUAUUUAUUUAAUUACACAGCGCAAAAUCAAAUAUUUCGAGUUAGAAAAAAAUUUUUCAAAAGCAUUUUGCAUCAAGAUAUCAGUUGGUACGAUGUGAUUAACAGCGGUGAACUAUCAUCCCGACUCACUGAGGACAUAAUGAAAUUCGAAGAUGGAAUUGGAGAGAAAUGGGUUAUGUUUAUACACAAUUCAUUCGCAGUUCUUGGUUGUUUGGCAGUCGCUUUUCAUUCCGGAUGGAAACUUGCACUCAUUUGUAUUAGUCCAUUUCCUGUUAUGAUUUUAAUCAUGUUCAAAACAGCAAAGACAGCGUCUAAUUCAGCGAAAGAGGAAAUGGAAGUUUAUGGAGCUGCUGGAUCAAUAGCAGAAGAGGCAUUAAGUGCAAUUCGUACUGUUUACGCUUUUGGAGGUGAAAAAAGUGAAUUCAACAUGUAUACAAAAAAUUUAUCCCAAAUCUAUAAACACAAUACUAAAAGGGUUAUUUUCAUUGCCAUUGGUACGAGUUUAUUUUGGUUUUUUAUUUACGCCACGUAUUCCGUGUCAUUUUGGAAUGGUGUGAAUUUUAUUCUCGAUGAAAGAUUCCUGUCCGAGGAGGAACAAACUUAUACACCAAAAUCAAUGGCAACGAUUUUCUUCAGUAUAAUGAUGGCAACGGUUAACAUGCACAUUGCUGCAAAUUUUAUUGAUGCAUUUGCUAUAUCCAGAGCUGCUGCUUCAAAAAUUCUUUCUGUCAUCAAACAAAAAUCAUCAAUUGAUAGUUCAUCUAAAGAAGGUUUAAAGUUAGCGGAUCUUCAAGGAAAAAUUCAAUUUAAAAAUGUCGGGUUCAAAUAUCCUUCAAGAUCACUAGUUCAGGUACUACAUGACUUGAAUUUUACUGUCAAUAAAGGAGAAACAGUGGCGAUAGUGGGAAAUUCUGGUUGUGGAAAGUCAACAUGUAUUCAACUAAUCCAAAGGUUCUACGAUGUAAAGGAAGGAAAGAUUUUAAUAGACGGGACCGAUAUUCAAAAAUUAAAUAUCAAGUGGCUUAGAAGUCAACUUGGAAUUGUGGGACAAGAACCAACUCUAUUCGACACAACUAUAGCAGAAAAUAUUCGAUAUGGUUUGAUGGAGGCAACUAUGGAGCAAAUUGUAUCUGCAGCUAAAGCAGCAAAUGCUCAUGAUUUCAUUAUGAAAUUACCAAACCAAUACGACACACUCGUAGGUGAAAAGGGGGCGAAAAUUUCCGGAGGGCAAAAGCAACGGAUUGCAAUAGCAAGAGCAUUAAUUCGAGAUCCAAAGAUUUUACUCCUUGACGAAGCCACUUCAGCUCUUGAUAAUCGAAGUGAAUUCAAAGUUCAAGAUGCAUUAAAUAAGGUAAAGAAGGGGAGAACUACAAUAAUCGUUGCACACCGGUUAUCAACAAUACGAAAUGCAGAUAAAAUUAUUCUCCUAUCAAAAGGACAAGUUGUGGAAGAGGGGGAUCACAAUAGUCUGAUGAGUCUAAAGGGACACUACUACUCUCUCGUCACAGCUCAGGGAUCUGGAGUUAACGAAUCAAGUAGGGGAGAAUCAAAAAAUAAUUAUGGUACACGUCACGAAAACGAACGAAACGAUGAUGAAUCGAGUUCCAGUUCUGAGAUUGCCUACGAGGAUCUGGAUGCAUUGCCAUCGAAGGAAAUAUCAACGUUUAAAAUUUUAAAACUCAGCAAACAAGAAUGGCCAUACCUGAUGGCUGCUUGUAUCGCUACUAUUGUCGUUGGCUGUUCGCCUCCAAUAUUUUCUGUUCUAUUUGGAGAUGUCAUUGGGGAACUUUCUAUUCCGGAUUCCAAAGAAAUUCUGAGACGUACGAGUGUUUAUUGCAAAUAUUUUUUAAUAGCUGGGACUGUAAUUGCUAUUUCAAAUUUCCUUCAGAUUUAUUGUUUUGGAAUUGCUGCCGAGUGCUUAACAGUGAGAUUACGUGGUUUGAUAUUCAAGACCAUGCUUCGUCAGGAGAUAGGAUGGUUUGAUAAUCCAUCAAAUGGCACAGGAGCACUCUGUUCAAAAUUGUCAGCAGAUGCUGCAGCUGUUCAAGGAGCAACAGGCCAGAGAAUUGGAACCAUUAUACAAUCCAGUAGUACCAUUAUACUGUCAGUAGCUCUCUCCAUUUACUAUGAAUGGAGAUUGGGGUUACUUGGUACUCUCUUUGUUCCCAUAAUCCUGGUCACUACCUAUCUACAGAAUUUAAUGUACAGAAAAGAAUCCUGCAAUCAUCACGAGGACUUGGAAGCAUCAACGAAGAUGGCAGUAGAGGCAGUGAGUAAUUAUCGGACAGUCGUUGGUCUUGGGUUAGAAGAAACUUGUCACACUUAUUACAUAAAAGCACUGAAACCUUCUUUAGAAAUGGCUAAAAGUAAUAGUAAAUAUAAAGGUCUUAUUUUUGCUAUGGCUCGUUCGAUUGUUUAUUUCGCUUAUGCUGCCUGCAUGUACUAUGGGGGUAUUUUAAUAAAUGAGGAGCACUUGUACUAUUCAAGUGUAUUCAAGGUAUCCCAAGCACUUAUAAUUGGCACCGUAAUGGUAGCAAAUGCUUCAGCCUUUGCUCCAAACGUUCAAAGAGGACUCCAAGCUGCGGCAAACAUAAUUGCUCUCUUAGAACGUGUCCCGAAAAUUCAAGACCCAAUGUACAUCUCGAAAACUGAAGAGACUCCUAACGAUUCGGUAAAAUAUAAAAAAGUGCUAUUUGAAUAUCCUACCAGACCAGGUAUACGUAUUCUCGAUGACCUAGAUUUAGAGGUGCCAUCCGGAAAAACAGUAGCAAUUAUCGGUGGUAGUGGUUGCGGGAAGAGCACAAUUGUACAAUUAUUGGAAAGAUUCUACGAUCCUAUUUUAGGUUCUGUGGAAUUGGAUAAGACGAGUAUCGACUUUAUGCCCCAAUCAUCAUUGAGAAUGAAUUUAGGAUUAGUUUCUCAGGAACCAACAUUAUUUGCAAGAUCUAUUGCUGAAAAUAUUGCCUACGGUGAUAAUACAAGGGAGGUGUCAAUGUGGGAGAUAAUUACUGCGGCAAAAAAGGCAAAUGCUCAUGAUUUCAUUACAUCCUUACCCCUUGGAUAUGAGACAAAAUUGGGUGAUAGGGGUACUCAACUUUCUGGUGGUCAAAAGCAAAGAAUAGCCAUAGCCAGGGCACUUAUUAGAGAUCCAAAAGUUUUACUCCUGGACGAAGCAACAUCUGCUUUAGAUUCUGAAAGCGAAAAAAUUGUACAGGCUGCUUUAGAUAAAACGAAAGAAGGAAGGACUUGCAUUCUAAUUGCUCAUAGACUAUCGACUGUGGAAAAGGCUGAUAAAAUUUGUGUUAUGCAAUACGGUCAAGUUGUCGAGUGUGGAACACAUGAUGAAUUAAUAGAGAAAAAGGGCAUGUACUACGAUUUGUUAUGUAUAGAUAAAGGUCGUCAAUAAUUUAUUAUUAGUUACAAAAAAAAUUGAAAUAUUCCAAUUCGAAUUAAUUGAAAAAGAAAUUUUAUUUCAAUAAAACAAGAUUCCAAAAAAGAAGAGAGAUAAAAUUUAAAAAAAAAAAUUUUUCUAUUAAACAUAACUGUAAGAUAUGAUUCAUGUAAAAUGAUCUUAUUUUUAUAAUAAAAUAU